AUUUUGGUCAUUAAUUCAUUGAAAUAAUUUUCAGUUUUCCAUCAUGUCAACAACAAGUCAGAAGCAUCGCAACUUUGUGGCUGAGCCCAUGGGUGACAAACCUGUCACAGACCUGGCAGGCAUAGGGCCAGUACUUGGCCAGCGGUUAAAGAGCAAAGGCUUCAGCGAGGCUUAUGUUGUGCUUGGCCAGUUCCUCAUUUUGAAGAAAAAUAAGGAACUUUUCGUGGACUGGAUGAAAGAAACUGCUGGAAGCAAUACCAAACAAGCCUCUGAUUGCCAUCAAUGCCUCCUUGACUGGUGUGAAGAGUUCUUGUAAAGCAUGGGUGACCAUAAUUGGUUAUCUGAUAUGGAUCUUGGAACAAAUUUUAUCAUUUUGAAAUAUCAAGUUUUCUUCUAUAAAGAAAAGAGCAAGUGUACGAGUACUAAUUUUCAACAAAUCAGGAAAAGAAAUCUUUAGAUAGCUAUUAUCUGGUUUACUUAGCAGUCAAUAAUUUUGCUUCAUUAGUUGAAAUUGUUAAGUGGUUCCAUUUUAUGCUUGAACUAUUGAUGAUGUCUUACGGUGUUUGUCAUUGAUAUGCUGAUAAUAUUCCGAAAUUUGCAUUGAAACUCUAUGGAAGCAGCUAGAACUAUGGUAGGCUUCAUUGCUUAACAGAACUAGGUACAUUAAACAUUUUGAAAUGAUGAUCUACCAACUAGAAGUGCGAUUUUUUUAUCAUUUUACCGAUUCUGUAAGCAGUAACUGCGAGUCAUGUUUUUUUGCACUGUUUAACACUAUUGUCAUCAGUAUUAUUUAUGCUACUGACAUAAACCCUGAUAUUUUUUGCACUAAAGUUUGGCACGUUUUUUCCUUGGAAAAUGUCAAUAGGAUCUGGUCUUGUUCAUUAUAUUCUAUAUAUACAUUUGUAGCCGCGUCCUGUUAGCCAUUUUCUUACUCUAGAUUUAUUACUGUUGUAGGCUGCUAGUGCACACAAAAUAAUAGUAUCGGUGCGAAUCUCACUUCUUGCAUCAUCAAUAAGACUCCUGGAGCAAUAUUUUCCUCUUGACAUCAACUAGCCGCGAUGUGUUUUACGUUUUCUUGACCGGAUUUCUUCAUCAGAUGAUCUUUUUUUUAAGUUGAGGUAUUGGAUUCGUAAACGUUUGAGCAGUUAUAUUAUAUUCAAGUAGAUAUAUUCAAUUUGAAGCAUUCAAAUGUUCUAUGUAACUAAUGUCACGAGGUGUUCACUUUGGAACAGAUAUCUUCUAUUGAAUUGUGUGGCAGGUUCAUGCAAAAAGUGAAAGUACAAUAGCGCGCUGUUUGCUUUUGCUGCUUAGCCUGGCCAAGCUGUUGUGGCAGAAACUUGUGGAACGAUAUUGUUGGUAUUUUUCAUUUUAUUUCAUGAACAUUUCUUGCACGAUUUGUAGUCCUAAGCUCGCUAUUUCUAAUUUUAGAAACCUUUAAAAUGAUGUUACUUGACCAUCCGUUUCAUACCGGUAAAGUGACCGUGAACAAAUGGUGUGGGCGCUGAAUGCUUCAGUGCGGCCUACUAAUUUUGAACUCUACUUUUACGCAUCCAAGUUCUUUGACCAACAUUUUCAGCCCUAGAUUCAUAAUAAAUACGAUUCGGAA